AUCCAAAGGAAAUGAGGAGGAACUAUUUUAGAAAGUUGGAGUUUAAGCUGGACAUGCUGUCUCUGCUACCAUUAGAUCUCCUGUACUUUGCUGUAGGGUUCAACUCAUUACUGCGGGCACCAAGGUAUUUUAAGAUCAAGACAUUUCUAGAGUUCUACAACCGCUUUGAUCAAGCUGCCAAAUCUCCCCAUUUAAUCCGUGUUGCCAAGACGAUGACGUACAUGGUGUAUCUGAUCCACGUAGAGACAUGUGGUUACUAUGCGGUGUCUGUCUAUGAGGGAAUAGGGAGCAAUAAAUGGGUGUACAAUGGCGAGGGGAACGCGUACGUGAGAUGUUUCUACUUGGCCACCAAGACAUCGACCUCUAUUGGUAACAACCCUACACCCACCAACACUCUGGAGUACGUGUUCAUGACUGUCUACUGGCUGUCAGGGGUCUUUGUCUUUGCCUUGCUGAUAGGACAGCCUUGUAAGGUGUUCCGUGUUGGUGUAGUCUUGGUAACAAGCUCUGAUAUGGUUCAACUGGCCCAUCUUGCCAGUGACUCUUGA